GAGGCGGCGGUGGCGGUCGGGGCCGGGAGCGGGGCCAUGUCGGGCUCGUCCAGCGCCGCGGCCAUGCGGAAAGUGGUGCAGCAGCUGCGCCUCGAGGCCGGCGUCAGCCGCGUCAAGGUUUCUCAAGCUGCAGCCGACUUGAAGCAGUUCUGUUUGCAGAACGCACAGCACGAUCCCCUGUUGACAGGAGUAUCUUCAAGUACAAAUCCAUUCCGACCCCAGAAAGUCUGCUCCUUUUUGUAACAUGGUGAAAUACCGUUGUAUCUUUCAGUGAUCUUUUAACACCUUUUUGUAGCUGCAGAUAUGUAUUGGGGUGGAGAGUGCCUUAAGGAGUGCCUUGAUACAAAGUCCAUGCAAAAGCUUAGCUUCAGUGUGCCAAAUUUAACUGUAAAUUGCUACUGUUGUCAAACCUCUUACCAUCUACCUCUCCAAAUGAAUUUGCAAUAAAUUCUGUUUCAUGAAGGAAUCAGUUUUAUAAUGCCAUGCAAAAAAAUAAAAAUGUUUUAACUUA